UGGAGGGAGGGAGCGAGACCCCAGACAGUACAGCAGCAUAUAGCAGCUGCUCGGGAAUCUUGCGGAGACAACUGCCGACUAUGUCAACGCAAGGCUGGAACCAAGUAAAUAGUUAUAUAAACCAAAAACUACCGGGGGAAACAUUAACUUUACUUGAAAAUGGCUUAAUUGUCUUUGCGCUAUUUGGAACAAAGCUCCGGCUGGAUAUAUUUGCAAGGGAUAAAACAACUCCACAAUAUGAACUUCGGUCUCCGGUAAAGGAACCAAGCAAAAGACCAACUUCUAUCUAGAACGUCUUGGGUAUUAUUUUCCGAAUCUUGUGUUCAUAUAGUAAGUAGUACGUUUAUCACUUGAUAUUAAUUUGUAGUAGACCUAUUAUUUUGGCGCUCGAGCUUCUUGUGCCUGUUGACGAGGUGAUGUAUGUGGAUACCUGAGAAGCAGCUCGCGAGCUACCUGACCUUAAUGCACGAAAACAAGACCAAGGCUAUGAAAUGUUUCUUCUAUGUGCAUUUGUCUAUUUCAUGUGCCCUUUUGACGGUUGAUUAGCCAAACGGAGUACUGAAGUUCAUAUCGUAGGUUAUUAUUAAACUGAAAAUCGGAUGAAAAUGUUAUAUCAUUUGUGUUUGAAAUUAUAACAUUGAACUUGAGUUGUUUCAGUUAUUGCUCGAGGAUGCGUUCAAAGACUGUUGUAAUUCAGCCGGUUGUGUAAAACAGCCCUCAGCCUCAGACCUAGCCAAUAUGUAUAUUAGUGGAGUGGACGUCCUGCACAAAACGCUAUGCCACGCUCCGUUUUAAAGGAGCCCAGCCCAGCGCUCUCGGCCUAAUGACUAACGUCUCCCUGCUCCAGUGUGGCUCUGUGACCCAGUCACACGUCUAGGAUGAGCACGGAUCUAGAGCGCAUGUCGCUCAACUCCUCCUCGGCCAACUCUGUGGCCUCGAGUGCCCGCACGCUGUCAGCCAACGUCAAGAAGCUGCACAACGCGCUCAACCUGCUGCUUAACGACUUGGAGCGGGAGCAGUUCAUUCACUGCCUCAACGUGUACCACUCCAAGCGUAAUGUCUACGACCUGGUUCAGACCCUCAAAGUCAUUCUCAAUGCGCCCAGCAAACGCCAACUUCUGCCCAUGCUGCGGCUGGUCAUUCCCCGCUCCGACCAGCUUUUGUUUGACCAGUACACCUCGGAGGGCCUUUACUUGAAAUCUGAUUUACUUGCCAGAAAUGGGAGCGCCGAAGCGGUGGGCGAAGGUUGCAGUGCAAGUCCAACUCCUCCCGGGCAUUUCUCGCCAACUCCCCCCGGAUCUCAGGUUGCGCUGCGCGGCUCUCCGGAUAGUUUCAGCACCUGCAGUGAUGGGACAGUUCCCCUCGUGCCGCUGCUCGGGAGAAGCUUCCUGCACGAGCCUCCAGGAGAGGUCCGACAGGUGACCCUGAAACGGCACAAGAGCAACGAGGGCUUGGGUUUCAGUAUCCGCGGCGGCUCAGAGCACGGGGUCGGAAUCUAUGUGUCUCUGGUGGAGCCAGGAUCCCUGGCCGAGAAAGAGGGACUGAGGAUUGGGGAUCAGAUUAUGAAAGUCAACAGCACAGUGUUCGAUAAAGUCACGCACGCUGAAGCGGUGAAGGUGUUGAAGGGCAGUAAGAAGCUGUCCCUGUCGGUGCAGUCGGUGGGGCGUAUCCCGGGGGGUUAUGUCACUAACCAUGUGUACACCUGGGUGGACCCUCAGGGUCACAGUGUCCCCCCUCCCCCUGACCUCCCAGAGCACCGCAGUGCCACCCUGAGACGCACCGACAGCCAACGACGCAGCACCAUGCAGAUACUGCAGGAGGGAGAUGAGAAGAAGGUGAACCUGGUAUUGGACGAUGGCCGUUCACUAGGUCUCAUGAUCCGGGGUGGGGCAGAGUAUGCCUUGGGGAUCUACAUCACCGGUGUGGACCGGGGUUCUGCUGCAGAGUGUAGUGGACUUAAGGUGGGCGACCAGAUCCUGGAGGUGAACGGGUGCAGCUUCCUGGGCAUCCCCCAUGACGAGGCGGUGCGCGUGCUAAAGUCAUCGCGCCACCUGAUAAUGACUGUGAAGGACGUGGGGCGCUUGCCACAUGCCAGGACAGUAGUGGGGGAGACCAAGUGGAUUGCCAGCUCCCAAAUCGCUGAGAGCUCCGCCAGCAGCAGUGUGGCUGGCUUGUCCGUGGACCAAGGAGCAUCAGGAAAGCCGGUGUUCUAUAAGGGUAUGGCUGGCUCCCAGGUGACCCUGUCCAGCCUGGUGAACCAGAGCAGAGCCGUGCUGGAGGAACAGGCCCGCCACCUGCUGACGGAGACAGAGAGGCAGACCAUGGGCUACUACGUGGAGGAGUACCGAGACGGACACAUAGAGGUGGAGCAGCUGGUCUUGGCUCUGUUUGAACUGCUCAACACACAUGCCAAGUUCGCCCUGCUAUCGGAGGUGCGUGGCCUGGUAACUCCCCAGGAUCUGGAGCGUUUCGAUGGGAUGGUGCUGCGCCGCGGGAUCCAGGCUUUGGAGGCUCGGCAGGGGUGUGCCAGUGCAGCCGCCCUCCACUCUGACUCCAUCUCUAUGGUCUCCUAUCCAGAUACCCUGGCCUCCUCGUCAGCCAGCUACAUGACCUCCACCACCCUCAGCUCUGCACGGAAUGACAGUAUGGUGGACAGUAAUGUGGAGGAGUCUCAAGAGAGUCUGGAUGUAUUGCCUGACGUCUCUCUGGAUGAGGUGCAUUCCACAUCCGAAUCUCCCCCCACCUUCAAACCCCCAUCCCCUCCAGGGCUGCAGAGGCAUCCCAGCAGACGAGACCAGGUCAAAAAACGCCCUUCCUCCAAAUCCUCCUAUUCUGGACUCUACUUCACCGCCCCUGCCCAUAACCCACCCAAGGACGAGAGGGGGGACCGAGGGUCCCCCUCCUCACCCAAGGUCCCCCUCCAAAAGGAUUUCUCCGUCCCCCAUAAGAAGGAGAUGGCAAUUGCCAAGUUUUCCAUGGUCAACAAGCACGCCAUAGGCCCCUUCCCUAGAGUCCAGUCCCCUACUAAGACCACCAAACCUGCCGCCCCCUCCCCAUAUCUACCACCUCCGCAUUUACUCCCUGCCCCAUCCACACCCCCUCCCCUUCCACACAGCCCGGACAAGGCCUCCUCUGGCUUCAACAAACAGCACUUUGUCAUGGUGGAGGUCCACAGACCCAAUGCAGAGUCUGGCGUCAACGAGGUGCGGUCCCUGCCCCAGUCACGAGGUGCCACCCUGUCCCAGCUGUCAGACAGUGGACAGACACUGAGUGAGGACAGCGGGGUGGACAUUAGCGAGUUGGGGCGAGUCAGCAGGGAAAGCAGUCCCCACAUACGCCCCCCACGAGACCCCCAGGGGGCAGGAGGGGACAGCACCUCCAAACCGCCGGGUCUCUUGGAGCCCACCUCCAUCCUGGUGAGGGUGGCAAAGAGUGCCAGUACCCUGGGCAUCGCCAUCGAAGGGGGUGCCAACACUCGCCAGCCCCUGCCACGCAUCGUCACCAUGCAGAGGGGCGGUUCGGCACACAACUGCGGGCAGCUGCAGGUGGGUCAGGUAAUCCUGGAGGUAAACGGGGUUUCCCUGAGGGGCCGGGAGCACAGGGACGCAGCGCGCCUCAUCGCUGAGGCUUUCAAGACCAAAGAGAGAGAACACGUGGACUUCCUGGUCACGGAGUUCAACGUGGCACUGUAGGAGGAAGUAAAGGAAGAAGAGAAGGAGAGAGAGAGUUAUCAUGGAGGAAGGAGGGAGGAGGGACAGUGGCUACAGAGCUAGAGAGGAUAGGGGGUGGCUGUUGGGGCAAAGUCCUACACACUGUUCUGUACAUGGGUUCAUCUACCAACCUUUAUCUGGUCACUUGGCCUCACCAUCCUCAACAUCCUCCAGCUUUAGCUCCAAAACAAGACACGGACACAGUUGCACUCUAAGUUGAGAAGUUGCCAUGAUUUCUGAUUUUCAUGGACUUCCACCAUCCUUGUGACCUUGGUUUUCAGGAUACUCCCUGCAGCAGUCACCUCUCUGGACACAUUAUUGUAUGUGUUUAUGGCAAUCUCAUGUACUGUCACUCUAUCUGUGUUGGCUAGUGGCUUCAUCCUGUGGAUCUCAAAUGGAUUCUUGGACAAUGACGCCAUCAGCACUAGAGCUCUGGCAGAAGAUAUGCUCCUGAAGCGGUCAGUUAGUGGUCAGUUAGCGGUCAGUGUCUACUAACCUGCGUCAGUCUGAGAGACUAAUAGCACACGCAAGAGACACAGGCUGUGUCGCAAAUAGCACCCUAUUCCAAUAUAGCGCACUACCUUUGACCAGAACCCUAUGGGCCCUGGUCAAAAGUAGUGCACUAAAUAGGGAAUACGGUGGGACGCAAGCCAGCCUUCCAUCCAGCAGAUGGAAGAGGCAGGAGGAAACACCAUUUUCCAAUGAUAGUUUGUUUUUGUAAAUGUACAAAUGUAGAUACUAUACAAUAUAUACAUAAAGAUAAUCUAUGAAUUAUAGAAACCUACUAUAUUACAUGCUUAAAAAGUAGAAUUCUUCAAAGUGUACUGUUAAGUCCCUUAAUUGCUCCACUUUUCUGCAAAUGUGUCCCCAAGUGAAGAGUAAUGGAGAUGAUUGUGUUUUAAUUGCCCUCUCUGGCAGUGCUAGUCAGCCGUACUGUUUGUGUUUACACAAGGGGCUUGCAGGGGCCUGCGUCACAUAGUAAUUACUAUGCCUAAGAGGUAGUAAUGAGGCAUUUGGAAAAAGAAACUGCUGCAGAAGCUCUCUCCGAUACACACUGCCAGAACACACACGUGGCCCAGCAUACACACACACAGGCAUGCCAUCUUACCACACAAACACGCAAGCACACAAACAGGCAGAAGUCACUGCGGAUUGAUGGAGAGCUGAUGCUAAGAACUUGAAGAAGCACUUUAUCCAAUAAUUUAACAGGUAUGAGGAGCAAGUCAUGGCAAUCAGGAAAAAGAAAAGAGAAACAGAGAGAGAGAGAGAGAGAGAGAGACACAGAGAGAAAGACAGACAGAGAGAGACAGACAGAGAGAGACAGAAAGAGAGACAGAGCGAGAGAGAGAGAAAGAGAGAGAGACAGACAGAGAGAGACAGAGAGACAGAGAGACAGAGAGAGAGAGACAGAGAGACAGACAGAGAGAGAGACAGAGAGAGAAAGAGAGACAGAGAGAGACAGAGAGAGACAGAGAGACACAGAGAGAGACAGACAGAGAGAGAGAGAGAGCGAGCGAGAGAGAGACCAAUGAAAGAACUGAGAAGUGCAGUAGUUGUUGUGGAGGAUUAUUUGUUUCCUCUCUGGGAGGGAGAGGGGGUGUGCGAGGGAGGGG